AUGGCGUCCGGAAUUCCCUAUACUCCCAAACCUGCCACCGAUAUCUUCACUCCCUACCAGACCGACAUUGAUCGACGACAAUGCAAACGCAUCGUCCCCAUGAAAGUGCUGGCCCUCGGUCUGGGAAGGACUGGCACAGCUUCGCUGCGCGCCGCCCUGAAAGAGCUAGGGUAUACAGACACAUACCAUAUGAUGUCCGCCAGCGUGGAAAACCCACCUGAUUGCCUCUGCUGGCAGGAUGCCUUUGCCGCCAAGUUCGAAGGCAAGGGGAAAUUCGGGCGUGAAGAAUGGGAUGCGCUGCUCGGCCACUGCCAGGCAGUCUGCGACUGGCCGGCGGUAGCGUUUGCGAAAGAACUGAUCGAGGCAUACCCCGAGGCCAAGAUCAUCAUUACCACGAGAGACGUCGAUUCCUGGCACAAGUCUGUCAUGAAGACUGUCAAUUGGCGCGCCAACGAUCCAGAGCUGAAGGCCGUCUCCAACUUCGACUGGGCGGCAGGCUUGUACUACCCCAUGCUACGCCAAUUCUGGAGGUAUUUCUUCUACGACGAUUUCGAGAACCAGGGCAAGCAAAGAUUCCAAGACUACUACCAAGAGAUCCGAGAACUUGUGCCGGCCGGACAGCUUCUGGAAUACCGAGUCAGCUCAGGCUGGAGACCUCUCUGCGACUUCCUCGGCGACCCCGUUCCCGACAAGGAAUUCCCGCGAUCCAACGAUGCCGACUUCUUUGUGCAACGGUGCCGGACCCAGAACCGCAAGCAAAUGAUGAACGUCAUCUUCCGUGCAUUGGUGGUGGGAGUUCCAGUUGUCGCUACGGCGCUGUCCGCCACAUUCGCAUACACCCACUACCUGCCGAAAUUUGCGCACACCGCGAUCUGGCAGACAACGUCCUAA